CGUGUCUCCACAUAUUCUGCUGCGAGUGUCUGGAGAAACAUGCAACAGAAAGCCAGAAACAAGGAAAAUUCCGAUGCCUCGAGUGUCAGGCAGCGAUCGAUUUACCAGAAGGAAAUCGCUUCGACCGUUUGCCUGACAGCUUUUUCCACAAAAAUUUGCUGAGUCUUCUAGCCGUUCGACAAAGCGGUGAUACAAGUAGCAUUACUUGCUCUCAGUGCAGGAAAACCAACCCUCAGAUGCACUAUUGUUUUGAUUGCGGAAGAUUCAUGUGCCUCGAUUGUUUCAACGCUCAUCAAUUGCUGAGUGCAACAUUUAAAGGACACAAAGUCACGCCAGUUAAAGACUUUAACGAAGAAGAUUACGAAGCAGUGCUAAAGCGACAGCCGUUUUGUUCACAAGAGUUCCAUGAGAGAGAAGUCGCACGAUUUUUUUGCUUCGAUUGUCAAGUUUGCAUUUGCCAGAUUUGCAUAGUUACGGAUCAUCAAAAGCACAAAGUUGUUCUGCUCAACAAAGCAGCUCUCGAAGAAAAGGAUAACAUCAUGUGCGGUGUUAAAUUGAUCAAGAACAAGGAAAGUGAGCUUUGUGAAGUCAUCAAGAAAUACGAGAAAACAAUUUCGACGCUGCAAAGGAGCGUUGCAAUGGCUAAGCGAGAGGUCUCGCGAGUAGCCGAAGAAAUUAUUACGGAGAUCAGAGAGCGCGAGUAAGAAGCAAUCGACUCCCUCGAGGCAACACACGUAUCAAUAUUUGAGCGGAUCAACUCGGCUAAACAGGAGGUGCAAUCUCUGGUUAAACAAAUGCACCAAGCUGUUAUGUUUUCAGAAAAUCUUGUUCAGAAAAGCUCGAGCUUGCAUGUUAUGCAGAACAAGGAAACUUUGAAGCAGAAAUUUGAAGAGCUUCGCGGAGUUGACGUUCCUAAACAUCAGCAGGCGGUAUUUGUUAAAUUUGCUGUGGCAUCUCGUGUAAUGGACUGGAAAUUGGGUGUUAUUGAGGUCAGUCCGGCAGCAGAUGCAAGGCGAUCAAGACUUGAAGGAAUGAAUCAAAGUUUUCAGGCUGGUGUAGAAGCGGAGUUGAUAUUAUGCGCUAAAGCAUCCGAAGGGGAAACGAUAAACCAGGGUAGUCUCAAAGAUCAACUUGAAUUUCUCAUCGAAACCGCGAAAUAUGUUACAAACGUGUUUGUUAACGAGAGAGAGAACGGCAGUCCUCAACAGAAGUUUACACCCAAAUUACCCGGCUCCUACAGCAUUGAAGUGAGGAUCAAUGGUGAUAAACUUCUGACCUGCCCUUAUACAUUAAAUGUAAAAGAACGAGAACUUGUUAUCGUGGGUGAGUUAAAGUUCAAGCUCUGUCCAGGGGACACGCUUCGAUUUUUGAGUGGAAUUGCUGUUAAUAAGAAAGGCGAGCUAGCUGUGGUAGAUACCAAUGGCCACUGUGUUUAUGUAUUUGAUAAAGAUGGAAACUGUGUGAGAAAAAUUGGUAGUCAAGGAAAAGAACCAGGACAGUUUGAUCAACCAAAAGGCGUGUCGUAUUUAAAUAAUAAGGAGAUUCUUGUGGCAGAGUAUGGAAAUGAUAGAAUACAACACAUCGAUAUCCAGGCAGGGACUUCAGUGAAAAGCUUUGGACAAUGCGGUUCAAGUAAAGGAGAGUUUAAGUAUCCACAUGAUAUUUGUUUGGAUGAUGAAGGGCGCAUUAUUGUAACGGAGUGGAGCAAUGAUAGAAUACAGGUGAUGUCAAAGGAGGGACAAUCUAUUUUUACAUUCGGAGACAGAGGCCCAGGGAAACUCAGCUAUCCAACCAGCUGUAUUCCUUACAAAAACAUUCUUCUUGUAUGUGAUAGAGGCAAUCGCUGCAUAAAAGUUUUUGAUCAGUCAGGGACAUUCUUAUAUGAGUUUAGCAAGGAAGGGGAUCAAGAUGGAGAGUUGGAUUUCCCGACUUUUAUGUUUGUUGACAGCUCCGAUAAUCUUCUCGUGUGUGACACCCGCAAUAACCGGGUUCAGCAGUUUUCUCUUGAUGGUCACUUCACAGGCAAAAGUAUUACUCAUUUACCAAAACCUUGUGGAAUUGUAGCAGCACCAGAUGGACGUAUUUUUGUGACGAGUGGGGAGGAUAAUAAAGUAUUCAUUUUGAAGUAGAUACGUUUCAAUCCUGUCUGUUUUUAAGGCAUACAGGUGGUUUAUGUGAUAAAUCUUGUAUUGAAAAGGAGGAACACAAUUACAAUUUCAACAAAAAUGGUUUAGAUUUCGUAAGAAAGAAAACAGAGCUUUUGCUCCUAUACGAGCUAACAAAUUGCAGAGCAUUAAUGCUGCAAAACAAAACACUUAGAAGAGUUGUAAGUAUCUUAAGUUUAUUUUGCAGUUGUGUUUUGGUCUUGUUGCGUAUCAUGCCUUUUUUGGGAAGACAACGCCUUGCUUGACAAGACUGAACAACUCAAAGUAAAGGAGACAAGUAAGCAGCAUAUUAAAAAGUUGUGUUACGGAUAAGUAAAGCAUCUGUCACAAGUUGUAGUGACAGGAACAGCUCUUCAAGGUUAAAUCUUGCUUGCAGUCAUUUCUGUGAUGUCACAAAAUCUGUUAUACUGUCACAUUAUGACAGUGUCCCUGAUGAAAACUACUGAUAGAUGUGAAUCAUGGAGUUUGUACGUAUUUGACUCAAGCAGGAUACAUUAUAGUACUUUGUAGCCAUUAAUUCUUUCCAGCAUAUGUGCGCAGCUUAUUGGUUAGCAUAUCUUACUGAGAUUCCAUGAGGUCAUGUGUUUGAGUCCAACUCUUAAUAAUGGAUGUUUUUCUCAGUUGUUUCAAGUACUGCUUGACCAUGGCUCGUAACUAGGCAACUGUUCUCGUGUAUGGCUACUGUAAGCAGUGAUUUUGAUUAUGUUUCUGGAGAAUUAUUGGAGAGGACUGCCUUUAGUUAAGCUGCAUUUGCUAGGUGCCACUGGAUUAUAUAGAGAUAAGAGAGAAGUUCUUCAUUUUUAUAGUGAAGCUCUUUUAUCAUCAUAUUUUGUUUUUGUAACUUCUUUUGAUCUAUGCUUGAAAUUUGUGCAAGGGUUUUAUUUUGCUGAGUUUCACAAACUUGUAUAUAGUUUUUACAAUAUUUAUUUGUAAUUUUAUUUCAGUGUAACUAGCUUUUUUAUCUCUGUUGAUCUUUAAUAUUUCUGUGCACUGUAUAGAUCAGAAUUCCUAGUGUUUUCUUAUUGUAAUAGUGUGAGGGAUGUUCAGUUUUAUGAGUUCAGGUGACAAGUGUUGAUUUACAGGUUUCAAGUUUAGAUAUGGAAGCGUCUUCCUUUGUUAUCUUUUGGUUUGCUUUUUUUCUUGCCAAGGAUAACAACAGGAAGUUUUUUUGUAAUUUUUAAAACAAUUUGAAUGACUAAAGGGUUUAACCAAAGACUAAAAUUGUAAAUUUUGAUUGAAAUUCUAACUCAAGUUCGUAAAGUUUUGGGUCA